AUGAAUUAUUUAUCGAAAAAAGCCAAACCCUUUUUUAAUCCUGCUAAAAAAAAGGCUGCUAAAGCACUCAAAGCGGGACAAUAUGCAGAGGCAGUCGAAUAUUAUAAUGGACUUAUUGAAGACAAUCCUGAUAGUGUUUCUAUGAGAUGUGAUCGUGGAGAAGCAUAUUUAUAUUUAAAUGAAUAUGAAAAAGCUAAAGAAGAUCUUGAUAUUUAUAUAAAUAAAAAACAAGAUGAUGAACGUGGAUAUUAUCUUAGAGGAAUUGCUAAUGACAAAUUAAAUCUUCGAUGGGAUGCGCUAAAUGAUUUAAAUAAAGCACUCAGAAUUAAACCUGAUAGUCCUUUCGCUCUUGAAUCUUUAAAAAUUUGUGCAAGACAUAACUAUGAUCUUGGGAACCGUGAUAAAGCAUUUAAAGAACUUAAUUUAAUCUUACAGGCAUCUGUAUAUGAUACAUGGGCUUUGGAAAUUCGGGGAAAAAUGUAUUAUGAAAAUAAACAAUAUCUAGAUGCGUUACAAGAUUUUAAUUCAUUUUUGGAAAUUCAACCUGUCAGUGUUAGUAUCUUAGAGUUAAGAGGAAAUAUUUAUAGAAAAUUAAACCAAUAUAAAGAUGCUUUAAAUGAUUAUAAUCAAGCACUAAGGUUAAACCAAAAUGAUCCAAAUAUUUUAAUAAAUCGUUCAAAGACUCAUAUUUUUCAAAAACAAUACAGUGAUGCAUUAAGAGAUAUCGAAAAAUAUUUAUAUUAUGGUGGUGAACUUAAUGCAUCCGUAUUAAAAAAUCGUGGAUUGAUAUAUGCUGGUUUAUCACGUUAUAAUGAAGCUAUUACUGAUUUUACUAUGUCAUUGGAAAAUAAAGAGAAAGGAUCAACUUAUAGGCAACGUGCUCAGGUUUAUCAAGCAUUAAAACAGUAUAAAGAAGCACUAUCCGAUUUGAAUCAUGCACUAAUACUUGAUGAUUCUGACAAAGAAUCCUUAAUAAUGCGUAAUCAGACAUUGACUGUAAAUCCAAAUGAUGUAAACGCACUAUCUGAUCGAGGCAGAAACUAUAUGGCUUUGAAUAAACGAUACGAAGCGAUGAUAGAUAUAGAAAGGGCCUUGUCGAUAAAUCCGAAUCAUAUCCAAGCACUUUUAACACGCGCUAAGCUUUAUCGAAUGCAGGAAACGUAUUCGGCUGCAUUAAGCGAUUUAAAUACUGCAAUCGAGAUUGAACCAAGGAAUCCAACCCUAUUAAAAAGUAGAGGAAAAAUUUAUACAUUGAUAAAUGAAUACGAAAAUGCAAUCCAGGACUUAAAUAUAGCCAUCGAUAAAGAAAAACGUUCUUCUUCAUUUAAAUAUCGAGGAAAGUCAUUCUUAAUGUUAGGAAAAUACAAGGAAGCUAUUGAUGAUUUCAGUGAUGCAUUAAACUUAAAUCCAAAAAAGUCAAGUGUUUAUUGUGAUCGUAGUGAAGCUUAUUUUCAUAUUGGAAAAUAUAAACAUGCACUUACUGACAUAAACAAAUCUUUAGAAUUCAAUGAAAACGAGAAAUCGUUUGAAUUACGAUCAUUAAUUCAUGAAAAACUCCAUCAAACAAAGACGGCCAAAACAGAUUUGGAUAAAGCUUUAAGUUUGUCACCACAAAGUACAUCAUUACUUUUACAAAGAGCAACCUUAUUAGAGAAAUUACAAAAAUAUCAAGAAUCUUUAACAGAUUGGGAUGAAUUAUUACAAAUUGAUCCAAAUAACAUCAUUGCAUUGCAGGGUCGUGGAAAGAUGCUCAUAAAACUAUGUAGAUACGAAGAAGCAGAAUCAACUUUCAUUAAAAUACUAGAAAUGGAUCCGAACAAUCUGGAUACCAUUUGUUAUCAGGCAGAAAUUUACAAAGAGCAAAAGAAUUAUGAAAAGGCUAUUGAAGUUUUAGUAAGGGGGUUAGAAAAUGCACCCGGAGAUACGAAUACGCUUCAUUUGUUUGUGGUUAAAGGGGAUAUUCAUAGAUUGCGAAAAGAAUAUGCAGAAUCUCUAGAGGAUUUAAACAAAGCACUAAAUUUAGAUCUUAAUGUUAUGGAUAUUGAUAAUAAUGAACCUAUAAAUGAUGAUAAAAAAUAUAAUGCGCUUGCAUUAUGUUAUAGAGGAUCAAUAUAUCGAAAUAAUAAAGAUAAUGACAAUGCUUUGAAAGAUUUAAAUGGUUCGUUAAUGAAUGAUCCUAAAAACAUUUUUGCAUUAUGUGAACGAGGUGCUGUCUACAGAGAUAAAGGGAGUUUUAAUGACGCUUGGAAUGAUAUCGAAAAUGCUCUGAAAUUGUCAGAGGAUAAUGAUGAUGAUUUAGAGUAA